AUUUUGUGUUUGAUCAAAAAAGAUGGACAUAAAAAUUUUUAAAAUUUUUAAAUUGAAAUUUUGUAAAUUAAAAAAUAUUAAUAAAUUAUUUUUUACCUGUGAGCUACUGAAUUUAGUGAGUCAUCAAGUGUGAUGAAAUGUGAAAAAGGUGAAGACUGCCAGUAGGUUUAAGUGAGAGAGAAAGUAACAUAAUAUAACACUGGACUGUCUUCACAUAUAUAUGUAUAUGUUCAUAUAUUUUGUUGAUGGAUCAUGGCGAGGUCAAGGUGACACCAGAGACAAAGUUUGCACGACAAGUUAUUAAAAUUACCAAUAUUCAUCCCUGACAUAAUUUAUUUCUUCUCAAGUGUCAUUGAGUUGUUUUUUUUUAUUCAUUCUUCAUUGAUGAUUUUAGUUUAUAAAAUUUAUUCGCUCCAAAAUAUUGAUAUUGAUCUAAAAAAAAAAAAUGUUAUUAAAAAGUGACAAUAAAACAUGGAAGACAGGUUUAAAUAAUGUAUAAUUUGAUAGAGUGAUACCUUUUGCCCAGGGUGAAGGGUUGACGUUUGGAGCAGACGCCGGCGUCAAGUCGGCAGGCCUCAAAAAAAUAGGGGGUUCAAGCGUGAUGCAGCGGGCGGGUCCUAUCGGAGGGCCCGGUCAUCUAGGGCUUCAAGGGCCGCCUAGGAGUCUCAAGAUUUCGUCGGCAAAGAUUCAGGAUGAGUCUGGUGAUCCUAUUUCUCAGAAAGCCAAAAGUUCAUUGUGUGUUGGCUGUGGUGGUUGGAUACACGACCAAUGGAUCUUGAGGGUAGCACCAGACCUCGAAUGGCAUGCAGCAUGUUUGAAAUGUGCCGAAUGUCAGCAAUUUUUGGACGAAAGAUGUACUUGCUUUGUCAGAGAUGGAAAAACUUACUGCAAACGUGAUUACAUAAGAUUAUUUGGGGCCAAAUGCGAUAAAUGUAAUCUAUUAUUCAACAAAAACGAGCUUGUGAUGAGAGCAAAAACGAAAAUCUACCACAAAGAAUGUUUUCGUUGUUCGGCGUGUAUGAGGAAGUUGGAAACGGGUGAUCAGUUUGCCCUGAGACAAGACGGGCUCUUCUGCCGUCACGAUCACGACAUGCUGGAGAGUGGAAAAUAUUGUACAGGUGCUGUAGAUACUGCUGGAAAUGAAAAUAACAACAAUGCUUCAUUAACAAACAAUAAUCAUCAUCUUCAACCAAACGACGGUUCCAUGUCCGACUCUGGCUCGGAAAGCGGAUCCCACAAAGCGGCUAGUAAUACGCGAGUGCCCGGUAGCCACAAAAGCGGAGGUGGUUCUGAUGGCAAACCAACUCGAGUACGUACUGUGCUGAAUGAAAAGCAGCUCCAUACGCUGAGAACUUGUUACGCAGCGAAUCCCAGGCCAGAUGCGUUGAUGAAGGAACAACUUGUGGAGAUGACUUCCCUCAGUCCUCGGGUCAUAAGAGUCUGGUUCCAGAAUAAACGGUGUAAAGACAAGAAGAAAACAAUUGCUAUGAAACAACAAAUGCAACAAGAAAAGGAUGGACGCAAGUUGGGAUUCGGCGGCAUGCAUGGAAUUCCUAUGGUUGCUAGCAGUCCGGUGAGACAUGAAAGUCCUAUUGGAAUAACUCCUCUGGAAGUUCAAGCUUACCAACCACCAUGGAAAUCACUUUCUGAUUUUGUUAUGCACACAGAUCUUGAUAGGAUGGAUCCAAACGCUCCGUCGUUUCAUCAUUUAGUGUCUCAGAUGCAUGGAUAUGAUAUGCACGGACCCCCUCAAUUAUCGCAACCAGGUAUGAUGGGAUCCAUGAAUGAUGGGACGGUUCCAGGUGGUGGACCUCUACCGCCUCCGGGGCAUCUUCAUCCUGGUGCUGGUUCGGGUCCAGAUAUGGGCCAACACCCCGACAGUACAGACAGCUAUGUUACUUAUUUAGAAAGUGACAGUGAUUCUUUACAUCACGACACCGGCAGUCCGUAGUGCCAUCUUCUUAAUAGACAUUGUACAUAAUAAUUAUUAUUAUCAUCUAGAAAAUUCUCACUCUUAUUAUUUUUAUUAUUAUUAUUGCUAUCAUAACUAUUAAUAU